AAUAUACAAGUGUAGGAACCUAAAAAUAUAUUUUGCCUAAAUCUUCUCUGGUAACAGUAUCCUAAAACCCUAAUCGAAACUCCAUAGUUUCAGACAAUAAGCACAGCCUCAUGUUGAACACAACCCAACACGAUCGUCCGAAGUAGUUUUGUAUUAAGAAAAGACAGAAGGAAUACCGCCGCUAUAGUGUGAGGUCUGUUUCCGCAAUUUAGUUUGUGGCGGUUUCAAGUUCUUCGGACGAACCGUACGAGCAAUCUCACAUUGUAAUUAAAUGAUGGCUGCUCGGGCUUCAAGGAGGUUAUUGAGAGACUUUUUGUAUAAAAAAGGGACUGUUUCGGGUUAUGUUGUUGGUGGGAGAUGCUUCUCUUCUGUCCCAGAACGUCUUCCUAAAAUACCUCACUUCUCUAGAAAAGGUAGGCUGCUGUCGGGAGCCACCAUUGGACUUAUUAUUGCUGGAGGAGCCUAUGUCAGUACCAUGGAUGAAGCAUCUUUCUGCGGCUGGCUAUUCAAUGCAACAAAACUUGUGAACCCUUUUUUUGCCCUCCUAGAUGCUGAGGAUGCUCAUAAACUUGCUGUAUCAGCUGCUGCUCGCGGUUGGGUUCCAAGGGAGAAGAGGCCAGACCCAUCAAUUUUAGAAUUAGAGGUGUGGGGAAGGAAGUUCUCCAACCCUUUAGGUCUUGCUGCUGGAUUUGAUAAAAAUGCUGAAGCUGUUGAAGGCUUGCUUGGUAUGGGUUUUGGCUUUGUAGAGGUUGGUUCUGUCACUCCUGUUCCACAAGAGGGUAAUCCAAAGCCACGCAUUUUCAGAUUGCGUGAGCAAAGUGCAAUUAUCAACCGAUGUGGCUUUAAUAGCGAAGGCAUUGUUGCUGUUGCAAAGCGUUUGGGUACUCAACAUGGAAAGAGAAAGUUAGCCGAAACUUCAAGCACUUCAACUUCUCCAAGCGAAGACAUCAAACAUGGAGGUAAAGCUGGUCCUGGCAUUCUUGGGGUAAAUCUUGGAAAGAACAAGACAAGUGAGGAUGCUGCGGCAGAUUAUGUUCAAGGGGUUCAUACAUUAUCUCAGUAUGCUGACUACCUGGUUAUUAAUGUUUCAUCGCCCAAUACUCCUGGGUUGCGAAUGCUUCAGGGGAGAAAACAAUUAAAGGAUCUUGUGAAAAAGGUUCAAGCUGCUCGUGAUGAAAUGCAGUGGGGUGAGGAGGGCCCACCUCCUAUGCUUGUAAAGAUUGCUCCUGACUUGUCAAAGGAAGACCUUGAAGACAUUGCAGCGGUUGCCCUUGCUUUGCGAUUGGAUGGACUGAUUAUAUCAAAUACAACUAUAUCAAGGCCGGAUUCUGUAAGCAAGUGCCCUGCGGCCAAGGAAACUGGCGGUUUAAGUGGCAAACCUCUAUUCAACCUGUCUACAGACAUCUUGAAAGAGAUGUAUAUUCUGACAAGGGGAAAGAUUCCUUUAAUAGCUUGUGGGGGUGUAAGCAGCGGCGCUGAUGCAUACACGAAAAUUCGAGCUGGAGCUACUCUUGUUCAGAUUUAUACUGCAUUUGCCUAUGGAGGGCCUGCCCUAAUUCCUCAAAUAAAGGCCGACUUGGCGGAAUGCUUAGAAAGAGACGGCUUCAAGUCCGUUAAAGAAGCAGUUGGUGCAGAUUAUAGAUAAAAUCACGUUCGUAUCUAUGCCUUCAGAAAAUAAGAGAAGAUAAACAUCUAUGCACAGGGAAUUCACCACACCAAAAAGGUUCCGGAGAUGUCUUAAUUUUAUUAUUAAAGCAAUACAUGUUGCUUGGUUACAACAAAUUUGCUGUUGAUAUCUUUUUACAGUUGAUCUGCUUUUGGCCAAAGUGGAGAACAUUUUUGAAACGGUCAGUUAGAAAAUUGAUAGCAAAUUAGCAAUGCAAUGCCUAAUUUAUUUUUUAGGUGUCGGUCUAAAAAUGGGUGAAGUUGAAAGUAGUGAUGGAUAGGGCUUUUAUAUCAAUUACAUUCAAUUUUCUUUCAGUAAGAUCUUGGUUAGUAUAAUUUCAGUUUAUUUAGUUUA